AUGCUCAAAUUCUUGACUCACAAACUGCGAACGCAUUCUUUGAAUGAGGAGAACGUUUCCGAGAAGGUGGAGGGGCGAGACUCCGGCACCGAGUCGGACGACGAGGCUGAGCGCACCGACACCGGUGACUUCUGCGCUGACGUCAUUAUGAAGUGGAACGAUGUCACCGAUAUCAGUGUACACGGCGAGGCGGCCUCUAGGCCACGCGGGGCACCGGAACCUGACCAGCUUUACGACCACCACUCCUCCGAAGAAGAGCUCGAGGUGAUCAACGGCGGGCCGAGCGGCGCAGGAGCAGCGGCGGGCGCGGGGGCGGGAGCGGCGCGUGCGGAGGGGCGGCGGCGCGGCGCCUCGUCGCCCGCGCGCGCCGCGCCCGAGAAGCGGCGCUGGCCGGCGCAGCCCUACCUCGACGCAGACGAACUGGCUGCACGCCCACCUUCUUCCGACGACGAUGACACCAAGGUUGAAACCCCAGUUCGUUUCCGCACGUCGCCCCCGCUCGAGGCGCUCAAGCCACGGCGUGCUGGCGGGGCGGGUACUAUAGCAGUGGCGGGCAGCGGGGCGGGUAGUGGAGUGGGCUGCGGCGCGGGCAGCGGCGCGGGGAGCGGGGAGGGAAGCGCAUCGCCUCGGCGUCGUCGCGUGGCGCUGCCGCCGCCACGUCGCCAUCGGCCCGCGCUCGACUUCGACAAAAUGCAGCAGUUGAAGGUGGGCGGCGGCGUGCGGUCGUGGCGCGCGGUGGGCGCGGCGCACGGCGGCGAGCUGUCCGUCUUCUGCUGGUGA